CAUUGGACACAGUGGAAGGCAGCGGGCGGAUGUUGUCCUGCCUGCGAGGACCUAAACAGGAAAGAUGGCGUCUGGCGGCGGGGAGCUCGGGGGCGUAUUCGACCACCAUGCCCAAAAGGCCGUAUGCGACACUCGGGCCAAAUAUCGGGAGGGACGACGGCCUCGCGCUGUCAAGGUAUAUACAAUCAAUUUGGAAUCUCGGUACUUACUAAUACAAGGAGUUCCUGCAGUGGGAGCCAUGAAGGAACUAGUUGAGCGGUUUGCUCUCUAUGGUCCGAUUGAACAGUAUAACCCUCUAGAUGAAUACCCAGCGGAAGACUUUACGGAAGUUUAUCUUAUUAAAUUUGUGAACUUACAAAGUGCAAGGACAGCCAAGAAAAAAAUGGAUGAACAGAGUUUCUUCGGCGGAUUACUUCAUGUAUGCUAUGCUCCGGAAUUUGAGACAGUUGAAGAAACUAGAAAAAAACUACAAGAAAGGAAGGCUUAUAUAGCAAGAAGUACUAAAAAUAAAGACUAUUACAUGACCAAGAAGAAACUGACUCCAGAGCAUAAGGACAUGAAAGAUUUUAGGCCAGACUUUUACUCAGAGAUGUCUGGAUUUUGUGCAGCCACACUGAACACUUCAACUCGGAACUCAAAUCUUUCUCUUCCUUAUUCUUGUGAAUUGCCUUUAUGUUCUUUCUCCUCACAAUCUACAUGUUCAUCUGGGGAGCAUGUGGACGGACCAUCAAACUUCUCUAAGGAUGGUAGACACCAUGAUGACACAGUAGAACAAUGUAACCACAACUCUCUGCAGAAAAUACAGAUGAACACUUUAAAAAGUCAUGUGGCCUCUUCUGCCACACAAAAGCCUAUUCCUUCAUCAGAGGCGGUUGGCAGAUUUAUGCCUAGGACAACACAACUGCAAGAGCGGAAAAGAAGAAGAGAAGAUGAUCGUAAACUCGGAACUAUAGAAACAGGCUUUAGUGGUAAUGAGGUUAUGAUUGGGCCUCUGUUACCAGACAUACCUAAAGUGGAUAUGCAUGAUGACUCAUUGAAUACAACAGCAAAUUUAAUUAGAAAUAAACUUAAGGAGGUAAGUUCAUCUGCGCCAAAGCCUCCAGAGGACAAGGUGGAAGAUGUACCUACAAGUCGUCCAUUAAAACAAAGAAGAAGAAUAUAGAUUGCCGGCAGCCAAUUAAUGUUUUCUAAAGAAAAUAUUUAUUUUUAUUUUUUAGACUAUUGUUUUAAUUCUUCAAGAGAUUUUACUGCUUGUAUUUUUAAAUGUGCAUUCCCUCUUUGUAAUUUUAUUCAAAAUAUUUAUCUAAAAUAGUUUAAUCUUAUUUUGAUUCAGACUUAAUAUUGUAUUAUAGAAAUCAUUCCCAUCUCAUAACAUUACCUCUCACAGCGCAAUAGUAUAUGUAAACUAACUGAGGCAAAUACAGAAACGUCACAAGAUAAAUAAAAGUGGGCAGCCAGGAUCUGUUUUGGAUUUUAAUACAAGUACUGAGUGAUUCCCAUUCAAAACCUAGAAGUCAUGAUGUUUCUGAAUGCCAGGGCUUCGAAAUUAAGACAAUUCUGUAAAAUGAAAAGUUAAUAAACUAUUAGGACAAAGCUGAAA